UGCGAUUGGCGCAGUGUUUUAUUUUUAAAAUAUUCGUCAAAACAAAAACAUAACUUCCUGUUUACAUCGGUAAAACCAGGAAAAUAGCUUAGCUCAGAUAAGCCAAUUGCCUUGGCAAUUUCCCAGCCAAAAGAUCACAGAUCAGUGUGUUAAAACUGCGUGUUUAAUCAAUAAGUUGGCCCAAGGAAUUUCCCGCCAAAUUAGCGGCGUCUGAACUUCGCAAUGCCCAUUGCGGUUUUUAAGUCCGUGCGCGAGGUGAGCAGCGAGGAUGCGGUGCACGGGGCCGCGAAUCUGCUGAAGGAGAGCGCCGGCAGGAAGUGGCGCAUCCGGUCGCCCGGCGAGAAGUCCGCCUACGUGAUCCUGGAGUUCGAGGAUCCGCAGCAGAUCACGGGCAUUGACAUUGGCAACGAGCACGCCGCCUUCGUCGAGGUCCUGGUCAGCCGGACGGGCUGCCAGGCGGACGACUUCCGGGAGCUCCUGCUGUCCAGCUCCUUCAUGACGCCCAUCGAGAGCAAGAACUCGAGCAACCCGAACCGGGUGCGCUGCUUCAGCGGCUCCGCCUUGGCGGAGAGCGUCCUGCCGGAGAAGUGGAAGCUGCUGAAGAUCGUGUGCACGCAGCCCUUCAAUCGCCACGUCCAAUACGGCCUGUCCUUCGUCAAGGUCCAUGUGAUGGCUACGCCGGCAGCAGCUCCGCCGAAGGUCAAAUCCCUGCUGCCGCAGGGCAUCAUGCAGUUUGGGGCCUUCAAGCUGCGCGAGGAAUCCCCCGACUCGGAGACGGACAACCAGGUCAACCGAUUUCAGCGCUGGAAGAAGGAAACAACUGCGAUCCAAUCCACAGCGGCUGCCAUUCGGGAUGCGGGCUCCACAGCCCUGCGAAGAUUGAGCACUGGCAAGGUUGCCGUUUCCAGCCUGGCUGCAUCGCCUGCUCCAUCGCCUGUUUCAGGAUCUCCUGCUCCUUCGGAUGCCAAGCCCCUGGAUCGCAAUCGAGCCUCCCUGCUGUUUGGCGACGAUGAUGACGAUGAGAACGAGGCUGCCGACGAGGGGAAUGCCAAGAAGCAGCGGCUGAGCAAGCAUCUGGAGGCGGACAAGGAUCGUCGGCGAUUGGAGCAGGAAAAGGAGAGGGAGAGCAAGAAGAACAAGUCCAGCAGGCAUUCCUUGGACAAGUCCACCAGUCGAGAGGAGAAAUCUUCGGCGAAAGAACACAGGUCCUCCUCCAAAGAGGAAAGAUCAAAGGAAAGGUCCCAUUCAAAAGAGGAGAAAUCGGUCAGGACGGGGGAUAAAUGUACUUCUAAGCAUCCUGAUUCCUCGAAGGCCAAGGAGAGUCCACGUCCGUCUGCACAAAAGCGUCAUUCGUCGCCCACCGCAGGCGCUGCUGCUGCCACACCCGCGAAGAAACAGAAGGUCAAGGACACACCAAUCCAGUAUCGUCCCUUUAAUCAGUUGCUAAAGGGCGUACUGCUGGUCAUCAGCGGCAUACAGAAUCCCGAUCGUGCCGAUUUGCGUUCGAAGGCCAUCGCUUUGGGUGCCAAGUAUAAAGCCGAUUGGGAGCCGGGAUGUACGCAUCUCAUAUGCGCCUUCAAGAACACUCCCAAAUACAAUCAAGUGAGGGGCAAGGGAAAGAUUGUGACACGCAGCUGGAUCGAGAAAUGCUAUAGUCUGAAGAAGUAUCUGCCCUGGCGACGAUACGCCCUGGAUACCAACGAUUUCGGGCAGCCGGAGAGCGAUGAGGAGGUGUGCGACGAGGCGAUGAAGCCCAGUUCGCGACGCGAGUCCAGCGAGGAUGAUGUAGAAAUGCUGCAGGACAACCGGGUGAAGACUACCUACGAUGCUGAGGUUCCAGAGGAUCGGAAAAAAGUGGAUAUACGUCAAGAUGCCUCGUCGGGCAUUGAUACGGAGGAUGAAUUGGAGCGCGUGAAGCAAGAGAACAACGCCAGGAAGACCAAACCUAAGACUCCGACAAAGACCAAGUCGAGUGAUGUUUACGAUGCUAGCACAGAUGAAGAGGAAUAUCUGGUGCUGAAAAAGAAGCAGAUAACCUCUGUCGAUUGAGUUCUAUUUGUAAUCUCAUAUCUUUCGUAUACCUCUAUAUGUUUAAAUUGUAUGUAAGUCUCGAAUUCUUGGGUUCUGUAGAACUGUUUCAUUACUUAAAUAUCUUAAGAAAAUCGACGAGUUCAAAAUGUGUUUGUUAUAACAUCCUUAAAAGAUUGAAGACAUUUUUUUUGUUUCGGCUUGGACCGCUUUCAAUAAAACUUACAAAAAAAUAACGUUAAA